CAAAAGUUGGAAGAGAUAUUGAACAAACUAAAAGUAAUAGCAAACGAAGUGGAUGAAAUAAUCAGAUUAAGUGACAGUGAGCAAUAUUGGAAGAAAAUUGAUUCAUCAGAUGUGAAAAUGUACAUAUACAGAUGCACUAAAAAUCAAUCCCAUUACGUGGACAAAACAUGGAUUCCACCCCAUAAUGCAACACUUAGAGAUUCAUUUAAAUAUGCUUUGAAUCUGUUUUUCCCCCUGGAACCAACUGAGUUCUCUAUGCAUUCAAAACGUGGUCGCUUGCCUUUUAAGACCAGCCUAGACACAAUCAUUGUCACAAUUGGAGAUCAACUCGAGGAAUGGAGUGAUGGAAAAUUCAGGUCUGCAGAUGGAGAAGUAGCAUUGAAACAAAUCCUUCACAUAGACCAAGCAUUAUUAUCAUUGGAGCUCAAGUGGUCGUUUAUUAACCUCAAUGAAAUAGAAAAGAUAAUUACUCUAUCUGAUCAGAUUCUAAUUCUAGUUAUAUUUAUAUUAGUAUACAAAUUAUUUGAUUAUAUAAUUAAUUAAACUGGACGCCUUCGAAACACACGAUGCCAAAUAAUAUGGUUUCCUUAUCAUUCUUCUAUUUUAGAGAUGUAAAAGGUGGUUUAAUUUCCCUUUGACAAAACGGAUGUGUACAUUAAACAGGGAUUUGUAAGACAUAAAUUGCAAAAAUUGCCGUGUGCACUUCUCUUGCCUUCCACAUUUUGUUCAAUACACAACUUUGUUGAGUUAUUACUUGGAAUUUUGCAAAUAAAAAUUAUGUACUAGGAAGUGUUGUAUUUAGUUUUGAUGAUGACUUCAAUCCAUGAAAUCUUGGAAUCAGGUCCGUAGUGUGCUAAAUCUGCAUGUAUAA